AAGCUUCCGGGUGGAAACAGCUGCUGACAGGCGACACGGUGUGCAGGUCACGUUGAACGCUAAUGUAACUGUAUUAAUUGAUAAGUGAAUUAAAGGGUAAAAAGAAGAGUUUUUACUUCCACACAUGUUUCUGUGCCGUGUUUCCGCUUUAGCAGGGCGGAGGUGGGGGCAGGCGGUGGGGUUGGGGCAGGGUCUUGGUGCGCGGAGAGUCGCCGUGUUCCGGGCCGCUCUCUCCUUUAGUUCCGCCGGGGACGCAGCGGCCGCCCCCGGGUCCGGAGCUCAGACACCCGCGGAGUACCGACACACCGUCCUGCUCCCCCGCACACACUUCCCCAUGAAGCUCAGCGGGCAGAAACUUCUGGAUGUCGAGCUACAGAUACAGCGGGACUGCGGGUUUGAGCAGCUCUACACGUGGCAAAGAGAGAGAAAAUCCAAGAAGGAGUUCUGUCUCCACGACGGGCCGCCCUAUGCCAACGGAGACGCCCAUGUCGGCCACGCCCUCAACAAGAUCCUGAAGGAUGUUCACAAUCGCUUUGAGAUGCUGCGAGGAAGGAAGGUGAGCUACGUCCCCGGCUGGGAUUGCCACGGUCUUCCCAUCGAGCUCAAAGCCCUGGGAGAACUCGACACCAAAGACCUGAGUCCUCUACAGAUCCGACAGAAAGCUCGGGAGUACGCGGAAUCCGCCAUCGCGAGGCAGCGUGCAGCGUUCCAGCGCUGGGGCAUCAUGGCCGACUGGGAGAACAGUUACUACACGUUUAACGGAACAUACGAGGCGGCGCAGCUCCGCGUCUUCCAGGAGAUGCACAGCAAGGGUUUGAUUUAUCAGGAUUAUAAACCCGUCUUCUGGUCUCCAUCAUCCAGGACAGCGUUAGCAGAAGCAGAGCUGGAGUAUAACCCCGAGCACGUGAGCACUGCAGUGUACGCUACGUUCCCUCUCAACACACUCCCACCUAAACUAACCACAAUGAUGGGGGAGUUGCAGGGUAAAGUGUGUGUGCUGGUGUGGACAACGCAACCAUGGACUAUUCCAGCCAACCAGGCAGUGUGUUUCAUGCCCAAAGCACAGUACUCUUUAGUGAAGAGAGGUGAUGAUGAACAGCUCCUCCUGGUGGCGACUGAGCGCAUUGCAAACCUCAGCAGUAUACUCGGCACUGAACUACAAAACCUGGCUACAUUCACGGGCUCUGAUCUGGACGGUGGAAUUUGCCGGCAUCCCACAAUUCCUGAAAAGGAAGUUCCCCUGUUGCCGGCUAAUCACGUGACUAUGGCUAAAGGAACCGGAUUGGUCCAUACGGCUCCUGCUCACGGCAUGGAGGACUACAGCGUGGCCUCUCACUUCAGCCUGCCCGUGGAGUGUAUAGUGGAUGAAGAGGGCAGGUUCACAGAGGCAGCCGGUGCUGAUCUGCAGGGUCUGAGUGUCCUGGAGGACGGAACAUCUACAGUGAUCUCGAUGCUCCGUACCGCUGGAGCUUUAAUUAAAGAGGAGCCGUGUGUACACAGUUACCCGUACGACUGGCGCAGUAAGAAGCCCGUGGUGAUCCGAGCUAGCAAGCAGUGGUUCAUCAACACGGCCAGCCUGAAGGACACGGCUAAGGAGGUGCUGCAGAAGGUGCGUGUGAUGCCAGAGUCGGCCCGGGCGAGUCUCCUGGCGAUGCUGGACAGAAGGACGUACUGGUGUAUAUCACGUCAGAGGAGCUGGGGAGUUCCCAUCCCUGUGUUCUACCACAAACACACUGGGGAACCUCUCAUCAACAAGUACACCGUGUCUCACAUCGCCAGUGUGUUUGCAGAGAAAGGAAGUGACAGCUGGUGGGUGGAGCCACUGGAAACACUACUUCCUCCUGACGUACUGAAGAAGAGUAAAGCCGGAGCUGUGACGGAUUACGUGCGGGGUGAGGACGUGUUGGACAUCUGGUUUGACAGUGGGACGUCCUGGGCUGCUGUGCUACAGGCGGGUGAGAAAGAUGCUGACACAGGAAAAAGGGGCUGGUUAAAAGUACAAGACGCAGACCCGAGGGCAGACGUGUACAUCGAGGGGAAGGAUCAGAUCGGAGGCUGGUUCCAGUCGUCUCUGCUGACCAGCGUGGCUGUGCGCAACAAAGCACCUUACAGGGCGUUAGUGGUCCAUGGAUUUGUGCUCAGUGAGAAAGGAGAGAAAAUGUCCAAGUCUCUGGGUAACGUUGUCGACCCCAACGUCGUCAUUAACGGAGGAACGGAUCUGGCAGUUUCUCCUCCGUACGGUGCAGAUGUUUUGAGGUGGUGGGUCGCAGAGUCUAACGUUUUCUCUGAGGUCCAGAUUGGACCCAAAGCACUGAACACAGCCAGAGAGAACAUCAACAAGCUGAGGAACACUCUGAGGUUCUUGCUGGGGAACCUAAAUGGUUUUGACCCUCGCAUUCAUGCUGUAGACUCCAAAGACAUGCACUACAUCGACCAGUACCUACUGCACCUGCUGCGAGACUUCAGCAUUAAGGUAACUGAUGCCUACAGUGAGUUUGACUGCGGCCGAGUGAUUCGUCUCCUGCAGGCCUUCAUCACCCGAGACCUGAGCAGCUUCUACUUCAGCAUCAUCAAAGACAGGCUGUACUGUGAUGGGGAGAACUCUCUGGGCAGGAGGUCAUGUCAGACUGUGCUGGAGGAGAUUUUGGAUGGCGUGACUCGCUCCAUCGCUCCGAUCCUCCCUCACCUGGCCGAGGAGGUGUACCAGCACGCGCCGGGGCACGAUGAAGGAGAGAGUGUGUUCCGGAGUGGAUGGAUUAAGAGCAGCUCUGUGUGGAGGAAACCCGGGUUGGAGGAAGCCGUAGAGGGGGCGUGCGCCAUCAGAGACUCCUUCCUGUCUUCCAUCCCAGGAUGCAACGCGGCAGAGUAUGACCUGACCAUCGCCAUUGAACCCGGGCUCUUCUUCGAGCUCGUGGAGUCCCUGCAGGAGGAACCGACCUCUACAUGUUCUCAGCUGACGGAGCUGAUGAUGGCGUCACGUAUCACCCUGACAGGCGUGCUGCCCCGAGACCUUCCCCACAACGCAGUCAUCAGUAAGGGGAGCUUCCUCAUCAAUCUGGAAGGUGGCGAGAUCCGUGAAGAAAGUGCGUACUCUGUAGCUGCCGUUCCCAUCUCUCUGUCCCGCUGCCCCCGGUGUCGACGCUACACCUCGGACACGCCCGACUGCCUGUGCCCGCGGUGCCAGACGGUCAUCGCCCAAUAAACCUCCUGCCUCUGCCCAGACACAGAAUGCACCUUCGAUUCCUGCUGCUUGAAGGCGUUACGAUGAGGCAGGCUUUCAGAGAAUAUGUGCAACAAAUGCGUCAAAGAAGCAUCUUGUUAUAUUAGUGCCCUCUAGGGGAGAGGAAUGAAACUGCACUUGAAAUAAAUGAAAAAAUUGAUCACGCCCACUCCAGGCUAAAGCAAGAUAUUUCAGUUGGUUUAAAGGUAUCGUUCUGAUUCGUUGUGGCUAUUGCGAGUGGGCGGAGCUUAAUGUCAGAUUCGGAGCUAUCCUCAAAAACUUCGCACUAAACUGGUAUUUAUUUCCCUGAAGCAUCACUUUCACGUGUUUGUUCGUACGUGUGUGUAUGAGGGGAGGAUUUAAGAGACUGUAGUAUAGAAUGAAAUAUGUUCCAAUGUUUUAUUUUUAUUUACAUUUAUAUGUAAAUCUGUGUGUUUGUGGGGAGAGAAAGUGACAUGAGUGCACCUGUAAAUGAAGAACUGCUUUCUACUGCUUUUCCUUGUGUACAAAUAAAAUAAAAGAACAAUAAUUAAGAAAAAUAA